UUUCUGCGCAGUAGUAUGCCCAAAAGUGCUUCCGGGAAUGUUGCUUCUGAUUGGGUACCUUCAGACUCCGUUUCCGGGAGUGAGUUUCCGGCAGGCGCGGGCGAGUGGAGAAAGGGUUGCUGAAGUUUGCUUUCUACUUUCUAGAUUGCAACAAUGGCUGGUCGCAGAGUUGCCCUGAAAGCCAUCGACUGGCUGGCAUUUGCUGAGCGAGUGCCUCCCAAUCAGAAGCCCAUGUUUAAUGCUCUGAAGACACGCAGUGAUGCUCUCUCAGCCAAGCUUUCUUCUUUACCGGAGACUCCACCAGCUAUAGAUUGGGCCUAUUACAAGACUGCAAUUGCCAAAGCUGGCCUGGUGGAUGAAUUUGAACAAAAGUUUAAGGCACUCAAGGUUCCUGAGCCGAAGGAUACCCAGUCGGCUAAGAUAGAUGUCGAAGAAAAAGAGGCUGACAAGAGUGCUGCUGCUUAUGUACAAGAAUCUAAAAACCGUAUUGCCCAGUAUGAGAAGGAGCUUCAGAAGUUUAAGAACAUGAUUCCUUUUGAUCAGAUGACAAUGGACGAGUAUUAUGAAGCGUUUCCUGAAACCAGGUUGGACAAAGAAAAGUAUCCAUAUUGGCCACACAAGCCUAUUGCUGAGUUGUAAAAGCUGUAUGUCUGAAAGCACCUUGCAACGCCCAUCAAAUCUAGAAUCUGUUAAAUAAAAUAAUUGUACUAGAA